GGUCAGACGCGUUUCUCCUCACCCACCCUCGCCUUGAGUCCUUGACCCAUUCCCUUCCCUCUCUUGAAUUUGGGAAUUUUGUUCUCGCAAGCAACAAAACCCACUCUCCGCCUCCGGCUUUUCCCUCUCCUCUUCCUGCUUCCCAGCAGUCUUCUCCCCCCUGAUUAAACUCUCGCGUCUUCCAGAAGCUUCCCCGGGUUCUCUUGCCCUGCUCUGGUGCUCCCCAGCUGGGCAAGGUGGCGCCCAUGGCGGGCGCAAGGCACGGGUGGCUCCCUAUGGCGACCCUCCUUGUGGCCACCUGUUUCUACCCUCUCUUGUUACCACCGGCGGCCGCCGCCGCCGAGGUGGACGGGAGGGACGCUCAGCGAAACACUGAGCGCAUAUCAGGAAGUGCUGGUGAUGUGCUAGAAGACAAUCCUGUUGGGAAGUUGAAGGUUUUCGUCUAUGACUUGCCAAGCAAGUACAACAAGAUGAUUGUCACCAAGGAUCCCCGAUGCCUGAGUCACAUGUUUGCUGCCGAGAUAUUCAUGCACCGUUUCUUGUUCUCUAGUGCAGUGCGGACGGUUAACCCUGAAGAGGCCGAUUGGUUCUACACUCCUGUUUACACUACUUGUGAUCUAACUCGUGCUGGACUUCCGUUACCAUUUAAGUCUCCAAGGAUGAUGAGAAGCGCAAUCCAGUUUAUUUCAAACAAGUGGCCUUUCUGGAACAGAACUGACGGAGGAGACCACUUCUUUGUCGUUCCACAUGAUUUCGCAGCAUGCUUUCACUAUCAGGAAGAGAAUGCUAUUGCGCGUGGAAUUCUUCCGUUGCUCCGCCAUGCUACAUUGGUCCAAACAUUUGGACAGAAGAACCAUGUCUGCUUGAAAGAUGGCUCUAUCACGAUACCACCAUAUGCACCACCACAGAAAAUGCAGGCUCACUUAAUUCCGCCUGAUACUCCCCGUUCAAUCUUUGUUUACUUCAGGGGUCUGUUCUAUGACAAUGGGAAUGACCCUGAGGGUGGAUAUUAUGCAAGAGGUGCGCGAGCUUCAUUGUGGGAGAAUUUCAAGAACAAUCCUCUCUUUGACAUCUCCACAGAACACCCUGCCACCUAUUAUGAAGAUAUGCAACGUUCAGUCUUCUGUUUGUGUCCGUUGGGAUGGGCACCAUGGAGCCCUAGGUUGGUGGAGGCUGUGGUUUUCGGCUGCAUUCCAGUCAUCAUAGCUGAUGAUAUUGUGCUGCCUUUUGCUGAUGCAAUCCCUUGGGACGAAAUCGGUGUUUUUGUUGAUGAGGAGGAUGUUCCUAAGCUAGAUUCAAUCCUCACGUCCAUUCCAAUCGAUGAUAUCCUAAGGAAGCAAAGAUUGCUUGCCAACCCAUCAAUGAAGAAGGCCAUGUUGUUCCCACAGCCAGCGCAACCUAGAGAUGCAUUUCAUCAGAUUCUAAACGGCCUUGCUCGCAAGCUCCCACACCCAGAGAGUGUAUAUUUACAGCCGGGUGAGAAGCAUGUCAACUGGACAGCUGGACCUGUUGGAGACCUGAAGCCUUGGUAACAUGAAGCUUCCUUGCAAGACUUGGAGUUGAGAAUCUUAUAAAUAUUUUUUUUGUCUUACAUGUUCCAAGAUCCAUAGUUUGACGUCACAGAUCUCAAAUUAAUGCUGAUUCUAUGGAACGGAUUUGUAACUUUGUAAAUUGUGGAGUAUAAAGAAAAGAAUUAAAGAAAUGAAAUGAGUUCUCUUGUCAUGUUGUGAA